AUGUCCUCCGAGGUGGCUGCGCGCCGCGACGCCAAGAAGCUGGUGCGCUCCCCCAGCGGCCUGCGCAUGGUGCCUGAGCACCGCGCCUACGGUAGCCCCUUCGGCUUGGAGGAGCCGCCGUGGGUCCCGGACAAGGAGUGCCCGAGGUGCAUGCAGUGUGACACCAAGUUUGACUUUCUCACCAGGAAGCAUCACUGCCGCCGCUGCGGGAAGUGCUUCUGCGACAAGUGCUGCGGCCAGAAGGUGGCGCUGCGGCGCAUGUGCUUCGUGGACCCCGUGCGGCAGUGCGCCGGGUGCGCGCCGGUGUCGCGGCGCGAGGCUGACUUCUACGACCGGCAGCUCAAGCUACUGCUGAGCGGAGCCACCUUCCUCGUGACUUUCGGGAACUCCGAGAAGCCGGACACGAUGGUCUGCCGUCUUUCCAGCAACCAGAGGUUCCUGCUUCUGGACGGGGACGGGGACGAUCACCGCGAGAUAGAGGUGGCGCGCAUCGCCGCCGUGCAGAUGCUCACGGAGGGCCUCCCUCCCGGAGGCCGCUUGGGCCAUCCUUACCUUGUUCCCACUCCAGGAGGCAACGCAAGGGCCACAGGCAUGACCCUGCAGUACACGGCCCCGGGGGCGGAGGGGCUGGCGCAGCUGACGCUGAUGGCCAGCGAGGACGCCGACGGCAGCAGGAGGCAGGCGACAGCAUGGCUGGCGGCCAUGCACAAGGCGGCCAAGCUCCUCCACGAGUCUCGGGACCAGUAA